UGCAAAGAAAGAUAUAGAAAUUAUAAGUCUCCAUUUUAAUUCUUAACGUAAUAUACAAAAUGGGUGAAUUGCAAGCGGGAAAAUCGCCCUUUAAGACAAGAAACACCUAUGAUGAAAGCUUAAAGAUCUGGAGUGGUGGCGAAAAGCGCAGUUUAUUCUCCCCAGAUUUGUCCAUCGGAGAGAUUAUCUUUCAACAAAUGGAGCGCAAUCCUAUGCUCACUGCCCAGUAUUUAACAAAACAAAACCUUUAGAUUUCAGUUACAGAAAACACUGAGCUGACCUGGAAAGAUAUUCAUAUAAACGCGAUGAAGGUGGCCAGUUAUAUGCGAAAACUGGGCCUGGAACAAGGUGACUUUGUGGGAGUCAUUGUCAGGUUGACCACCCACUUGACUGCUCUAGCCUAUGCUUGUUUCUUCAAUGGAACACCUUAUCAUGCCCUACACACCGAAUACGAACACUCUGCAAUCGAGAGACUGUUCGGAAUAACCAAGCCACGCUUAAUCUUCUGUGAUGGAGAUGAGUUUGAGAAAGUAAGUUCUAAAGUGUUUAGCUUGACUAGUAUAAUUGAAGACUGUGACUUUGAUCCUGCCAAUUUGUGUGGCCUAAUUGAGAAGUACAAAAUAUCGAUGGUGUUCGUAAGUUCCUCGCAAUUGGCGAUGCUGUCCAAUUGCCCGGAAUUCUAUGUGGCGGACCUAUCAUCCGUGAAGUAUUUCUUUUACGGCGGAUCAAACUGCUCACUGGAAGCCCAGAACAAAAUUCGCAGCCGUCUAAGCAACGAUUGUUAAAAUUUCAGUUAUACACUAACCGAGUUGAACAGCACCGGAUGCCUAAACUUCAACUUCGAUGAGAAACCCAAUUCAGUGGGUCGUCCAGUUAUAGGUAUUCAAAUUAAGAUAGUCAACGAGCUGGGGGAAGCACAGGGACCCAAUGUCGUGGGCGAGAUAUGCUUCAAUAAUGGUCAAAAGUGGUCUGGUUACUACAAGAAUGCGGAAGAAACGAAGAAGAUGCAGGACUCGGAGAACUGGUUUCACACCGGAGACCUGGGCUACAUGGACGAGGAUGGAUAUCUGUUCAUAAUAGAUCGCUUGAAUGAUAUGCUCAAGUAUCAGACCAUUAUGUAUUACCCCAGCGAGAUUGAAAGUGUCAUCGCCGAAAUGCCAAAUGUUGUGGAGGCUUGUGUCUUUGGCAUUUGGGAUCCAGUUAAUGGAGAUAAGGCAGCCGCUUCAGUGGUCCAGAAACCAGGAACCCAACUGGAGGCCCAGGAUGUUGUGGAGUAUGUGAGCAAACGUAUACCUGCCAAAUUUAAGCAGUUGAAUGGAGGAGCUUUAAUUGUGGAUCACAUUAUUCAGAGUGGCAAUAGAAAACCAAACAGAGCGGCCACAAAAGCUGAGUUUUUAAGAAUUAUGGACAAAAAUUAG